AUGGCAUCCUUUAAUCCUUUAGCUACAAUUUUAAGUCCAAAGUCAUUGGAUGGAAAUAACUAUGACCAAUGGAAAACCAAUCUUUACAUUGUCCUUGAUUUUGAGAGAAUAAAAUUUAUUGCAACAACUCCAAAACCCCAGGAGCUCGCUGCUAAUGCUUCAGAGGAAACUCUGAAGCAAUUUAUAGAUUCGCAAUGGGCGAAUACGAUAGCUCGCUGUUAUAUUCUUGCCAGCAUUGCAGAACAUAUACAAAAGCAACUUAAUCAUCCAGAGUGUGUAUCGGAUAUAGUUCAAACUCUAAAUGCGAUGUUUGCUAAAAGUAGCAGCACUGCUAAACAAGCAGCCAUAGGGGCCCUAAUGAACACUCGUGUGAUUGGAGGAAGUGUGUGA